UGUGUGACUGUGCAGUUGCAUGAUUGCAGUUUGCAUCGUACGAUGCCGCAGACAUUCAUAAAGAAAUGAAAUAUUGUGCAGUUGAUUUAUGCAGCUGAUAUAUAUAUAUAUAUAAUAUAUAUUAUAUAUGUGUGUGUGUGUGUGUGUGUGUUACAGAGAGAUAUAUAUGUAUACAUAUAUAGCUGCUAUAUAGCUUAUACACUGUGUGAUACGUGUACGGCUCAAACGACUGUACGUGCUGAGUGCAAAAUAAAAUUCUACUGAAAUUUGCUGCGCCGUCGCGCUUCAUCCUUCACUGGUUUGCUGUUUUUGCAAACUACAGUCCCAACAUUCGUAACUGUCGUAAGCACCUUUGAAACAGAGUAGCCUCUCGUAUAAGGGAGACUCGAUCAGUUUUAACUGUAGUAUGUGUAGAAAGCUUAGUCUCUCUGAAUUUAUGAUCAAUAAAUAAAUACCUUUCAUUUUCAUGUGUUGAGUGGCAAUCUGUAGUCUGUAGACAUUAAACCUGGCGUCUUACAAGUGUUGGUACUAUUAGUAACGGAUGAAAAGCCGAUGAAGACGCACCAUGUCUGAAAGUAAUAAUGCCAUAAAUUGAGUGAACAAGAAAGAAAGAGAGCAAGUCAUAUAGAUUGUUGCCCGACGUAGACGGACGACACAUAGCAAUCAAUUGCAGUUUACACAUAAGUUCGUAGUCGACUCUCUGCGUUUGGCAGAUAAUGCGGCCGCUGAUCGAAUUUUUUGGAAAACGACAACAAGCUGCCUCAACUGUCGACUUAAACGACGACCCAGCAUCUGCCUUUUAUUAUGCAUUUCGAAGAUUCAAUGCAAGAACGAUCGAUUUCAAGCAUGAAUAAGUCUGUUGAAAAUCUACUUCUUUCCAGUCAUGAAGUUAUUACUAGUAUUAAUUCUUCGUCGCUUUCCGGUUAUAGUUCAACUGCAAACUUGACAAAUGGGGCUUACAAUGAAUCUGCACAGGAUGUUUCUUCAGGAGGAGAAAAUGAGCGGACAAGCCCAAUUUCAAGUCCAAAUUUGUCCCCAAAACCAAGUCCUAGAUUUGGUAAAAGAAAAGAUAAAGAUAAAUCACAUAAGGACCAUAAAGAUCACAAAGACCACAAGGAUCACAUUGAUCAUAAAGAUCAUUCUAUGAAGAGUAAAGAAUCUGAUUGUACUCCAUAUUCACAAAAAGAUAUAAGCUUAACCAAGCUAAAUGAUCAACAAAUGCCGGAAAUUACAAAUCUGUCUUCUAAGUCGGAUGGAAAAUUUGAAGGAAGAAAAGACAGAGGAAGUGAUCGUAGUAGUAAGAAAAAGUCAUGGUACUCUAAUAUUCUUUAUCCUACAUACAAAUCUCGCUCUGAUGAUUUCAAAAGAAUAUUUAAAGAUGUACCAGAUGAAGAAAGACUUGUUGUUGAUUACUCUUGCGCGUUGCAACGAGAAAUAUUAGUUCAUGGGAGACUGUAUGUUUCACAAAAUUAUGUAUGUUUUUAUGCUAACAUUUUUAUGUGGGAAACACUUGUCUCUUUGCGUUGGAAAGAUGUUACUUCAAUGACUAAAGAAAAAACAGCUCUUGUAAUUCCAAAUGCUAUAUUAAUUUCUACUGCCAAUGAUAAAUUCUUUCUAACAUCUUUUGGGUCACGCGAUAAAACAUUUAUGAUGUUAUUCAAAGUUUGGCAAAAUGCUCUCAUGGGACAGUCAAUGAGUAUGACUGAAAUGUGGCAGCUCGUUCAUGAUUGUUAUGGAGAAGAACUGGGGCUAACAUCUGAUGACGAGGAUUUUGCAUCACGUCAAUUAGCAGUUGCAAGUACAGAAAAACUCUCAACGCAACUUUCUUUAGAAUCGUUUUCAGAAGCUGAUGUGAAAAUUGGAAAUCCUGUAUCAUCUGAUGCUCUAGCAGAAUCACCACUUACUCCUUCAUCACCAAUACACUCAACUACUGGUACAAGACCUGAUGGAUCAGUCGACCCUACAGAUCUUAGUGAUACUAGUGAAAGUGAAGAAGAAAAAAAUUCAUGUGGUAGGAUAAGUUUAGUCAGUACAGCGGUCUGUACAGCUUCACAUGAGGGUAGACCUCUCAUAAAAGCAACUUUACCAAUCCAUAUAGAUCAGUUAUUCACUCUUCUCUUCACAAAUUCGAAAUUUUUUCUGGACUUUCAUACAGCUAGAAAAACUACAGACUUGAUUCAACCUGCUUGGACUCAAGAUGAUGCUACGGGUCAAAAACUAAGAACAGUUUCUUUAACUGUUUCACUCACUCAAGCUGUAGGCCCAAGAUCUUCCCAAGUGACAGAAACUCAAGUGAUGCUCCCAUGCAGUACCCCAGGUCAUUUAUAUUGCAUCGAUGUUGAAACUACAAAUGCAGGGAUACCGUAUGCUGAUUCAUUUAGUGUUUUGUCGCAUUAUUGUUUAACUAGUAUUUCAGAAACUGAAACAACCUUUGAAGUGUUCGCCGAAAUCAAGUAUAAAAAGAAUGUUUGGGGUAUAGUUAAAAGCUUCAUUGAAAAAAAUUGUUGGGCUGGUAUGCAAGAAUAUUUGAAUAGUUUAAUAAAAGCUUUAGCGGUAGAAUGCGAAGAAAUUGGUGCAGGAGCUGUGGGUAUCAAACGGAAAACGAGACGGCGACGACGUGUUGCAGCCACUGGUGUUACCAUAAAAACGCAUGCUCCUGAUCAUACAGCCUUUAACCACCAAUCGCCUGUUGUAGAGCUGCCUUUAUCACGCAAUAUUACUGCUUCUGUAGAUUUACGACCUGAAAGCAGUCCUGUCGUUAGUUAUAUUCUCUUGAUUGCUGUACUGUGUUUAAUGGCUAUAAAUGGUUUACUAUACUAUAAAUUGUGGAAUAUAGACCAAGCUGCCACAUACACAGUCAUGGAUCUGCAUGUUUUAAAAAAUACACCAAAAACUGAAGAAGAUUGGAUAAGUUUACUACAACAACAAGAAAGUUUGCAUAACAUAGAAGUCAAAAAAUGGCAGAGAGUGUUACAUUCAGCAGCACAGUUACUUAGACAGACUGAAGAAUCAUUAACACAACUUCAAAUGAGUGUUCAUCCAACAACAACUGAAAAAAUGUUUUCAGUAUUAAAACCUGGAUUAAAAACACAUAAUACUCAAAACGAUCAGCAGCAUAAAUCCGAAUUAUGAAAAUAUCGUAGGUUUUAAAAAUGUACAAUAUUAAACCUGCUCAAGGCUGUGUUUGCUACUAAAUUAUCCAUCUUAUGUCAUUAAACUGUAAGAUGCAAUAAUUUGACUUAUCUGAAAAUGCAAUGAAAUUAGUUCAGUUCUGAUUAAAUUUUUUUUGUUUGGUUUUAUUAACUUUGUAGAGAUGUAUUAUCACAUUUUUGGCAGUUUUUGCAUUUUUAUAGAAUAAGAUCGAAGAUAUUGUGCUUGUUAUAAUUAUUAAAUGUUUGCUGUACUAGAACUGUAAGCUCUUGCUCAAUAUGACAUUUUAGAAUUGAGAAAAGAAGAAUGUGUAUAUAUUUUUUCUGAAUGAAAAAUCAAGUGAUAAUACAAGUGUAACCUCAUACAUGUUGCAUUAUUUUUUUCUGUUCAGAAUGAAAAAUAAUCACGAAACGAUUGUAAAAAUUAAUUUAAAAAUAUCGCACAUAAUUUAAGUUAUAGAACUUUGUGAAUAUUUACUUUUUAAGUAGUUUGUAUUGAUUGUUAAAAUUAUUGUGUACAUUUAUGAUGUAGUAAAUGCUAUAAAUCA